CUCGCGGCUGGGCCCCGGGCGACACGGAGCUCGAGCUGGCCGACCUGGGCCUCAGUCUGCUGGUGCGGCUGGUGCCCUCCCUGCCCGCCAUGCAGCCGCUGGUCGCAGAGGGGCUCAAGGCCAUGGCCUUCAAGCUCGCCUUCCAGUUCUGCUGCCUGGAGGAGCGUUCGAGCAGCCCCAUCGUGCAGGCGCUGCGGUCGGCUAGGCGGGAGGCCGCCGUGGCGCGAUUUGCGGCGCCGACGACGUCUUCUUCGGGCAACUCAGGUGCGAUGGUGCUGGCGGCGGCUGCGCCGCCGCUGCCCACCUCAUCCAAGGCGGCGGGCUCCCGCAGCGCCGCUUGUAACCGCGGCGCGCGGGUCAUGUCCGUACGGUGCAGCCUGGCGAGGCUGCUACGAGACAUGGCGGCGGCGGCAGUGGGGGCACCGCAGGCAGCGGCGGCGGGUACGGCAGCAUCUUCGCCUCCAGGGGGGCUGCUUCGUGCGGUGGGUCCUCCGGACCACCGGGAACUGGACCCCCUGACGGGGCGGCCCACGCUGCUGCUGGUCCGCGACAUGGGGCAGCAGGCGUGUUUCGAUGCCGCCGCCGCGCUAGACGAGCUAACGGAGCUCCUGGCGCUGCUACGGAUGCCGGACGCGCAGUUGGACGAGCAGACGGUGACGGAGCGGCUGAGGGCCUACGCGCCCGCGGGUUCCGCGACCGUGGCGGCGGCGGUGGCGGCGGGCUCGGCCGCCGGAGGCCUGGCAGCGCGGCGGCGGCUGGCGCGGCAUUUCUGGGCGCUGGCGGCGACGUCGCUGGACAGGCAGUUGGCGCGUGCGCUGUUUGUGCUGGAGGCUGCGCUUAGCACCAUUGCCAUCCACUUCUUGCGUUGCCUGCCGCGUCCGCUGUCAUCUGUUUCCUCGAUGCUCUCCGCCAACGGGAGGGACGUUCCCGCCUCCAGAGGCCUUACUUCUUCCUCCAUGGAUACGGACGAGCUGCUGGAUCAAGCGACCGCGAAUCUCGAUCUGGCGGCGGCGCUGCCGACGCCGACGGAGGCCGACACCCGCGCCCUCGGCAGCGAGGACGAGCUCCGCUACUUCCUGUCGCAACUUCAGGAAACAUGUCGGCAAGCGGAGGAGCCGCUGGCUCGGCGCCCGUGCUGGGCGGUCUGGGAGCGGCUUCAGGCUUGGGUCUGGGUCUGGGUGGUUUGGGUGAGGCAGGGUACUGGGCUGCUCAGGACCCGCUGGGUACCUCGCAGCAGGUGCAGCAGCAGCCGGUGGAGGGGAUUGAUCUGAUGGUUCGGGCGCUGAAGAUGUACUGCUCU